CCCGGCGGUACCGGGAGGCGGCGGCGGUGGCGGCGGCGGCGGCGGCUGCGGUUCUCUGCUGGUGUGAGACUCGCGGCCGCGAUGACCUGGGACCUGCUCUUCACGCUGCUGGCGCUGGGCGCGCUGCUCGCGUUCGCGGUGCUGCUGCUGCGCUUCGUGCGCGCCGACGGCGACCUGACCCUGAUGUGGGCCGAGUGGCAGGGGCGACGCCCAGAAUGGGAGCUGACUGAUAUGGUGGUGUGGGUGACUGGAGCAUCCAGUGGGAUUGGUGAGGAGCUGGCGUAUCAGCUGUCUAAGCUAAGCGUUUCCCUGGUGCUGUCAGCCAGAAGAGCUGAUGAGCUAGAAAGGGUGAAAAGUAAAUGCCUUGAAAAUGGCAAUUUAAAAGCAAAAGAUAUACUUGUUCUGCCUCUUGACCUGACUGAUAGAAGUUCCCAUGCAGCGGCUACCAAAGCAGUUCUUGAGGAGUUUGGUAAAAUCGACAUUCUGGUCAACAACGGUGGAAGAUCUCAGCGUUCUUUGGUUAUGGAUACCAGCCUGGAUGUCUACAAGGAGCUCAUAGAGAUCAACUACUUGGGGACAGUGUCCUUGACAAAGUGUGUUCUGCCUCACAUGACUGAGAGGAAGCAAGGCAAGAUUGUUACUGUGAACAGCCUCCUGGGGUUCAUAGCUGCACCCCUCUCCAGUGGGUACUGUGGCAGCAAACACGCGCUUCAGGGAUUUUGUAAUGGCCUCCGAAGUGAACUUGCUGCAUACCCAGGCAUAACAGUUUCAAACAUUUGCCCUGGGCCUGUACAAUCAAAUAUUGUGAAGAAUUCGUUAACUGAGGAAGUUACAAAGAUUGUAGGCAAUCCUGGAGAUCAGUCCUAUAAGAUGGCAACCAGUCGCUGUGCAAGGUUGAUGUUAGUCAGCAUGGCUAAUGAUUUGCAAGAAGUGUGGAUCUCGGAUCAUCCUUAUUUGUUGAUCGCAUAUUUGUGGCAAUAUAUGCCCAUGUGGGCCAGGUGGAUCACUGGGAAACUCGGGAAAAAAAGGAUUCAGAACUUUAAAAGUGGUGUGGAUGCCGAUUCCUCUUACUUUAAAAUCUGGAAGACAAAACGUGAGUGAAGGAGUACUUGCAUUUUUGAAGCCCCUGGAGACAAAAAUGGAAACCAUGAAAACAGCAAUCCUCUUUUCUUAUAUACUGUAGACUAAUUUGUAAUUUGACUUUUUAAGGGAACCGUCUUUUCAACAUAAAUGAUUUCAAAUAAAUGAUUGUUGGGCAUCUGCCACAAGGUGUGUUCUGAGUCCUGCCAGGCCCACCCUCAUCACUGGCAGCUAGGCACCAUAAUCGCUAGCUUCUCCAAGUCCUGUGUUACCACACCAAGAGCUGAGGCAGCCAAGGAGGAGACCUGCCAUGGGAGAGGGUCCACCAUUUUUCAUUGGAUCCUUGCACAGUCCAGGAGCCUCAGACAGUUAUCCCUUUGCUCACUAAAUUUAGUCUCAGGGCUCUCCCUGCACUCUCAGGGGUCUGAGCAGCCAGUGGCUCUGAAGGCUUCCCUCAGGCUGUCAGGGGUCCAGGUAGCCACAGCUGAAGGUAAUGCUGGCCAUUCAGUCCUCUCAGCUCUCUGAACCUGUCUCAGUGGGAAGCUGCUCCUAGUAGCUUCUCCCUGUAGUGUUCUAGCCCACUCAACUUCUUGGCAGUCAAGACUGAAAGCAGAAGACUGGAGACUAGAUGAUUUGUUUCUAUAGAAAGUAUUUGAGGAAAGAAAGGGCAGGGCAGGGAAGCUGGGAUAUGGGGUAUUCUUAAGAUGUCUGUUUAAAGAUAAAACCUUUUUGGUUUUGUUUUGGGGCCACUCCUGGCCAUAUGCUCAGGGCUUAUUCCUGGCUCUGCACUCAGGGAUCACUCUUGGUGGGCUCAGGGAUGAUAUGCGAUGCUGGGGAUUAAACCAGGGUUGGCCAUGUGAGAGGCAAAUGCUCUACCCACUGUACUAUCUCUUUGGCUCCCCCAAGAUUUUUAAAUAUCUUUAAAAGUUGCCAGAAACCUCAGAAAACAAUUAUUCUAUAUAUCUUUAACAUUUUGCUUUAAUUGUUUACCUCAAUCUGAUUUGAAAAUAUUGCAGACAACUUUAUUUCAUCUUUAUUCUAGUCAAAAACUUGCAAGAUCAAAUUAUCCUAGUCAAAAACUUGCAAGAUCAAAUAAUUGCUUUUUUGUUUAGAAACAGUAUUGACUCUAGAGACCUGUAUGUUUUUAAACCAAACCAUUCUUUCUUAACCAGUUUUUAUUUACCAGUUAUUUUAAGUCAAAUAUUUUAAUAAUUUUAAUCAAAAGCAAAAUAAACAUACAUUUAGAAGUGUCUUUAUUUUCACUAAAAUUUUAGACAUAAGGGUAUAUUCCAACUGUUUAUGAAAAACCAAAAAAUAAAACACUUUCUUGGAUAUAAUUUUGAUAGUUUUGUCUUUCUGCUUAAUGCUGCUGAAAUUCUAUCUCAGCUCAUAAAACAGUCUCAUAUUUAAUUAAAAUUAGUUAAGGCCUAUACUCAUUCCAUUAUCUCAUUCCAUUUAACAUUUGAAAAAAGAUUUAUAAUAAAAACUUUUUUCCAUAGAAUAACUAGUUUUUAAGUCUUCCAAUUUAAUAGUAUCCAACAAACCAUUAAACAUUUUUUUUCUAUUCAAAAGAUGCAAAGUUGGGGCUGGAGCGAUAGUACAGUGGGUAGGGCAUUUGCCUUACACGUGGCCAACCCGGGUUCGAUUCCCAGCAAGUUUUUAUUAUAAAUCUUUUUUGGUAUGGGGAUUCUGGGCCCUCCCCAUGGGCUGGUUGGAUUUAAGAGCUGUGAUGAGCUGGUGGUGCUUUUUCUUCUUUUCUCCUUUGCCUUUUGCUUCUUUUUUAGAUAGUUGGCAAAAGAAAAAGAGCUGUCUGGAUGGUAUUAUAAUAAAAAUUAAUAAUCAUUAUUAUAAAUAGUUUCAGUCAAACCUAUUAUUCAUUUUUUGCAUUUAAAUUUUAACCAAACCUUAGCACACAAGAUCGUGGCUUCUUGGGGAAGAAUUUCGUAUCUAGGAAAAGAGGGGAACAAAGGCAACCGGGUUAGUCACAGGCAGGCUUCCUGGCCUCAUCUUCAGAUGUUUCUCAGUGACGGUCUCCUUAUCCCUCUGGCCCUUGGGUGUCAGCUUAGAGCACUUUCCUCACCCGCUGUAUGUGGUCUUUUUCCCCUUGGGUUACGUUUCCUCCCUAAGGGGACCA